AAACUGUUAAUGAGUGCUGAAGAAAAUAUAGACGACAUUAUUGAUGAAAUCUGUAAUGACAGCAGCUUUACCAAAACACCUCUGAAAUUGAAGUCUAACUCUGCAAGUCUCAGACCUGAAAGCAAUAGUGCUGUUGUACAGGCUCAUAGGAAAAGAUGCUGUCCAGUGUACCUGGGUGGAAGCUCUUCACCAUAUGGCAUAGGAACGAAUAUUUCAAAAAGAACGUGUGAUCAACUACGUUGUACUGCUUGCGACUUCCGUGUGUCACUUUUCAAUGACUACAUCUGGGAUCAGUCCUGUGAUUAUCUUUUUUUCAGGAAUAACAUGCCUGAGCUCAGUAAACUAAGAGCAAAGAUGAUAAAGAAGAAAGGAGCACGAGCGUAUGCUUGUCAGUGCAGCUGGAGAUCCAUUGAUGAAUUAACUGACCUCCAAACAGACCAGCAGCUUCGAGGUCAUCUCUUGAACCUGUUGCUUUGUCUGUACCCCUCUGAAAGAGCAGAUCUCAGUAGUGACCAGAGGCACAAUGUACUCUGCAUCCUACUCACCUUCCCCCUCCAUGAGUGUUUUUUUAGAACCUGCAGAGGACCAGCAGUGUGCCUGGGAGGCGGGGCAGUGCUUUACAUACACAGUGCUUCAGUGCUCUAGAGUGCAUGUUCCAGUGCCACAUGCGGCCUUGCUAGUAGGUUCAGAGGCUGAAGUUUCAACUGCUAGAGUCUAAAACUGCAGGUUCAGGAGACAGAGAGACCCAGAGACCAGCUGAUUAAUACUCAGUCAGCUACUGGAAGAGGUCUGCUUGUCUUUCUGUCCUUUGUGAAGAGAUAGCCCCUGUGUGGACUGUAAGCAGUGUUCCUGGGUUUUCUUCAGGUGGGCCUGAGCGAUUUCCAGUCCCAGAGAACAUCAGUGCUAAUGGUAAGAGAAGAACCCAGCAGUAGUAUGUAAUUUAUUAACAAGCUCUAGAGAAGAAGAAACCUACUUUCCAUUCUUCUUGAAGAAGAAUGCAUUUCAAAAAGUGCUGAGUUGCCUUAGCUUGCCUGUUCCAAGGCCAUUUGAAACUGAUGACCAAGUAGCCCCGCAGGAUGCUCUUUUGGCCUGCAUUUGCACUGGAACUUGUGCCACAAUGUAGGGAAAAAGUUGGGCUUGCAACUUGUGAGCAGGAAAUGGGGAAAUCCUAACACCCAUCUCAGUUCAUGAGUCUUACAUGACUUGGAAAAGGAGCGUGUCCCCUGUACCCCGUUUUAAACAAACUAAUAGAAAUAGUCACCCUCUCUGGAACAGUUUGCACUACCAAGUGUGUGGAGCAAAUCAUGCAGAAACAAAAGUUCAAGACAUCCGUUCUAGUGAUUUUUACGACAAAAAUACAGCCUGCAGCACUUCAAAAGCGGAGGCUAGGAAGGAAUUGAGACAAAAGGACUAAGAGUGUAGGAGAAGUAAAAAGGAUUAGCACCAAUAUCUGUUGACAACAUUAGUCAGCAUUUCUCCGAGGUCACCUCAUCCCUCAGUCUUCUGUUAGCCUGGAGAGUUGUAGAAAGAGAGUUCUUCUGGGUGGAGAUUGUUGUCAGGUGAUUGUAUCACUAACGCCACUAAGACUGCACUCCAAGCACUGAAAAUGUUAGGAGAUAAUCUUUAUUAGUAAAUGUGUGUGAAAACCUGAGCAUUCCCCUGAAAUCAUCAUGCUUAUUCAAGUAUAGUUACUUGUUUCUAGCCUUGGUCAGAAUGGUGGGAUAUGACAGCUCUUUGUCCAAGUGAAGUUUUAAACAGGUGCAGAAAUAGUGCUUAUUGUAUUGGUUUUCAUUACAGAAUUUAGCAUAUUUCUAGAUCUGAUAAUAGUUACUAUGUCAUUAAAUAUAAUUAUUUUGUUGGAAAAAGGAGUGGUAUUAAGUAUUUGAUUUCCCUUCCUUUACUUUCUUCAGUUACAUGUUACAAACCACUCCAAAGUCCUCAAUGAAAAGAAUGUAAAGAAAGGUAAAAUUAGAGCUUGAAUGUUCAUUUGAGGAAGGUAUUGUAAGAUUGCACAAGGUUUUCAAGAUGUAGCCCAGACCCUAAGUGAUAUUUCCGUGUCAGUUAUCUGAGAUAGCAGGGACUAUGUAAAGAAUUUUGUUUAAGAAUGCCAUUCAGCUGUUGUCAAACGGAAGUACUGGAGAACAGUUUUGCUAUGUAUAAA